AUGCCUUCACACUCUUCUCUUCCCGCAAAUUCUUCUUCAUCCGCUCUCACAAGAACAGGUGGUGACAGGCUUCUUGCAAAGAUGUUUGCAUCAUCCCGUUUCAUGCCCUCAAACUCGCACGGGUACUUCUGGGACGUUGAAGAGGUCCGUCACCAGGAGCACUUACGUCGUGUUUCACAUGCUCAGCAUCUAUACCGGCAUCGCCACGACUCAGCCGAGGCGGCUAAAUUAUAUAGAAGCUUCAUGGAGGAGCAAAACGAAUGGAUGGAUGAGCAAGAGCGGAUGAAGGAGAUGGAGUUGAGGCUAUCGGUGAAGGCUUAUCAGCGACGAGCCUCCCGAUGGGAAGAUGAAUGGAGAAGGCUUGAGGAGGGCGGAAACGUGGAAGAAAUUCUGAAGUCUCAAGAGAUUAGAGAUCAGCGCAACUCAAAACCUGGGUCGUUUAAGUCUAGAGAUAGCCCCACAAAGUCACCUAAUCCUUAUUCUGAAACGACAUAUAGCCCGAAAGACACACCGGCCUCGUCACAGUCCCGAAUUAUGUCACCCGAGUCGAAGCCACAGCCAGCGGGGUAUUGUGCGGAAGUCUCGAACUCGCGCAGCUCUGUUAUGAGCCCAGGCUCGAGUAAUUCUAACUGGUCCCGAGUGGUACCCCACUCUAAAUUAAAACAGGAGCAAACCCAUAAGGAAUCACUGGCUAAUGGUGAGGUCAUCGGGAUUAUAAACCACAAUUGUCGGGAUAAUGGAAAUCUCCUUUACUUGAUCUCUUGGAGGUUGCGGAAUUCAAGUAUAACACCAGUUCAAUCUUGGGUUAGAGUCGCGGAUCUUUUUGAAGGCCCUAGGAGAUCGAUCCUAGAAGAAUAUCAUCGUCAGCAUAACCUAGGACCAAUUCGUUGGCCACGAAAUCCUCGAAGACAGUUGAGGUCUUCAACAAGCUUCGGGGUCCGGGAGAUAAAAGCCGCUCUCGACGAACGUAAACUAGCGCUACUUGAACGCGGUACCAGUAUUCUAGACGUUACACGCGAGCUCGACGAGGAGCGGUGGAAAAUGCGAGAUGAUUGGCAACGUGCAGGAAGGGGCUGGGGGUCUGCAAUCAUGGUUGUUGAAGAAAAGAAGAAGGCAUGGAGAAUUGCGGAUUUGGAGGCCGAAGACAGCUUCGUUCGUAAAAUAGGAGUCGCUCCAGUUAGAAGUCCUGGAAUGGAAUCUUCUGGUUAUGAAGGCAUGCUGAAAGCCGCUGGGAUAAUUGAUGUUGCUGACUCCAGAUCACCGGGACUAAAAACAUUAGAUUCGAGUUCGUUAAGCGGCAUCACGGCAUCUACCCUUAAGGUCCCAACUGCACCGCUUCAAUUGUCAUUUGGCGGCGAAGUCUCCAACCCGAAGUAUCACGAUGAAUCUGAGCAAAAAUACGACGAUAAAACGAGCCGGUUUAUGAGCACCAGUGAGGAUGAAAGAGAAUGGAGGGAACAUUUCGGCUUAGAGCCAGGAUGCAUUGAGCCAACCAAUCUAUCUACCAGUACUCACAGCGCUCGAGAAAUCAGAAUCUCGAAAGUAAGAUCUACGCUUCGCAGUUUGCCGAACACUCUGAACCUUAACCUUGUACGGGCAAAGACACUGCCAGAGAUAGGUAAAGGGGCGGAAAGUCUCCAGGUUUUAGAUUAUGAGUGUCAAGGACCAACAAAUACAAGUUGCUCUUCAAGUUCAUGCCCAAUACAGUCUUCGGCAUCAGAAUCUCAAACCUAUUUGAAGGCACAACGGAAAUCCCUACUUUCACGCAUAUUAUCUCGCAGGCAGAUAGAAAGAGAAAAUCGUAAGCAAGUUGCUCGUCACAAACUUGAUUCCCAGACACGGGGGAGAACUCAUGAAUCAUUGGCGUUCCUUAAAACCAAUACAGAGCCUUUGAGCUUCUCUAGGAGCUGUGUACAAGAAAACCGGUCCAAUCAUUGCGCACUACCCAGUGCGUCUUCAUAUUCUUCAUUCGGCGUUAUUACACCUAAGAAGAAGGCACAGACAAAGAAGAGCUGGAGAGACGUUGUGUGGGACAAGUUCUAUUAUUUUCUGGCUCCUUCGAGCCAAAAUCAUCCUUCCCCGGGGAAAAACACCAGAAGGACGCUGGAUGAUAGAAGAUCACCGGAGAAACCAUUGUUACCAAUGAAUGAGAGAAAAGGCAUCAAUACAGGUGAUCCAGGAUUUCAAGAUAAUCUUUCUGAGAAUUCAUAUGGGUGUCGAGGUGUUGAAAGAAGAUCUCCAAAUAUUGGGAUGAGCUUUUCAAAAUCUAUGUUAGCUGAAACCAUCACGAAAAGGACCGAAUCUUGGGCGGCUAGCAUAUUGCCUCCUUUACGCAAGAGCAAAUCCGAGGGGCCUGGAAGGCUGAAGUCGUCCUCUGAGGGGCUAGGGGCUACCUCCCUAAGAAACGAUACAGAAGAAUCUGAUAUUAAUCAAGUUCCACCGCAGGUCCACAUCGGAGAAGAAGCCGUCUCAAGUGAUUCCCACCAUAGUGGAAUCUAUAAAGAGACUGGAAAGUUCAAGGGCAAAGGGAGGCUAGAGUCUAAUGAAAGUCCCAGAUUUGUGCGGUCUAUAAACAUUACCAGAACCCUAUCGCAAGAAAAAUAUCUAGCGAAAAGGCAGGCAGAAAGGCAACUUCAGCGCGACAAAGCACUUUUGAAAAUCAAAACUAGGAUGAGAAUGCGGAAGGAAAAGGCCGAUCAACGCGCCGAUGACCUUAAAAGGCUUGAUGAGCUGCGCGCGAAAAGGGCAUUUCCGUUUAGCAAGUGGAAAAAGGCUAACCAAUUAGAACUGGACUUGUUGACAAAAAAACUUGGUGUGGGGGUUGGUAGGAGGCCCGGGAAGGGAGUAUUGAAGAAUACUACAGUGGCAGAUAUAAAAAACUUGGGAAGGUCAAUUGUACCAACAACUGCGGGCGUCAGAAACCAACCAAAUGGGCGCUUCCCGAUUUGA